AUGCCUGAGAUUGCAGAAGUUGCACGCAUUGUCCACUUCCUUCGUCUUCAUGUUGUGGGGAAACGCAUUAUCUCGACUUCCGCAAUAGACGAUAAGAAUGUGUUCGGGAAGGUUGGGACAAGCGGCGAAGAGGUGGAAGCUGCUUUGAAAGGGAAGAAAAUCAUGUCUGCUGGAAGUCAAGGGAAAUAUUUCUGGAUCACACUCGAAAAGCCCCCACAUCUGGUUAUGCACUUUGGAAUGACAGGCUGGAUGCAUAUCAAGGACGAACAGACAGCAUAUACCAACUACUACAAAAAGAUGAAGGAGGGUGAACAUGAACAAUGGCCGCCAAGAUUCUGGAAGUUCCAGUUCAAGACUGAAGGUUCUCCGGGCGUUGAAGUGGCAUUUACAGAUUCGCGCAGGUUCGGUCGCGUACGACUUGUCGACUGUCCUGGAGAUCAGAUAAGAAAACAUUCGCCUCUAGUAGAGAAUGGCCCUGAUCCAGUAGUUGACCUUGAUCGUUUCACAGAAGAGUACUUGCAUAGCAAGAUGCGAGCCCGCCAUGUCCCUAUCAAGGGGCUUUUGCUGGAUCAAACCACGAUAAGCGGCAUCGGUAACUGGGUGGCGGAUGAGACACUGUACCAGGCCAAGCUACAUCCUGAACAGUACUGCGACCAAUUCAGCGAUGAGCAGAUCACCACUCUUUAUAACAUGAUUCGCUACGUCUGCCAAACGGCAGUCGACAAGUUGGGAGAUUCAGACGAGUUUCCUAAGCAUUGGCUCUUCAACUACAGAUGGGGCAAGGGUGCCAAGGAUGCAGCCACCAAGUUGCCCAACGGAGACAAGCUGGCCUUCAUCACAGUUGGAGGACGAACGAGCUGCUAUGCACCUGCUGUGCAGAAGAAAACUGGGCAUACAGCUCCUGGUAUCAAGGAGGAGCCCCUCGAAGCCAAGACUGACGCAAAGGCUCCGAAAAAGUCAAGAAAGAAGUCGUCGGACACGGACGAUGAGAGCAUCCCGCCUCCAAAGAAGAAGAAGCAAGCAAAGAAUGUCAAAAAAGAGACAAAUGGGGAUGACAUAAAGAAGGAGCCCGAUGUAGAGGAACCACAGGCAGACCUUGGAAGAAGGCGGUCUACUCGUCUGAGGAAGUAG